AUGGAAGAGGAGGAGAAGCAAAUGUCUUUCGAGGAGGAUGGGUAUGGGUAUAACUCUGAAGAGUUGAACACCCCUCCUUCAAGUGGUGCUGAGGAGGCUGAAAGGGUUGUCAAUCCAAAGUUUAAUGUGGAUGAGGUGUUUGGUCAUGUACACUUAGAGCUGGGGAUGGAGUUUGCGAGUUUGCAACACUUUAAAAAUGCUGUCAAAGACUACAAUAUUAGUCUAGGAAGAGAAUUCAAGUGGGUGAAGAAUGACAAAGUCAGAGCCCGAGCCAAGUGUAGUAAUGAAGAAUGUGAUUGGAUGAUUUUUUGUGCUUGGAACAACAAAAUGGCCGCUUUCCAAGUAAAAACUUUUAAUGACUCCCACACUUGCUACAGACUUUUCAGAAACAAGAGGGCAAGUAGGGAUUGGGUUGCAAAUAAGUUAGAAAAAAGGCUAAUGACACAGCCGAACAUGACAAGGGCUGAGGCCUAUGAACAUAUGAAAGAGGAGUACAAAGUCCAUGUCCAUUUGAAGAAAGUGACCAAGGCACUUCAUAAAGCCAAGGCCAGAAUUGAAGGGUGUGAAAAAAAGCAAUAUGCAAGAUUGAGAGACUACUUAGGAGAGCUUUUGAGAAGCAAUCCUGGCUCUACAUGUCAAAUGCAAGUCAUACCACAACCUGAUCCACAAGCCUCUCCCAUAUUUUCUAAGUUGUACAUUUGUUUUGAUGCAUGCAAUAGAGGGUUCAAAGCUGGCUGCAGGCCCUUAAUUGGUCUGGAUGGAUUUUUUUAA